UUCACUCCCUCCCAACAAAAUUUCACGUCUGGUCAAGAAUAACUUUUGAUUAAACAUAUAACUAUUAUUAUUAUUCCGAUUAUUUUUAUUACUAUUAUUAUUACGAUUGUUACUGCAACAGUGUUUAUUAAGUUAUAGGAACGUGCACUCGUGUGUUGGACAACGCGCAAACGCACCAACAUACUCUCAUCAGUCAUCACCGACGGUCGUCGUCGAGGUCGCCACGGUCUCGUACCUGUCAGCAAGUCAGGUCAGGUCUAGUCAGUUCUUUGCCCGCUACGUUUACUAUACGGCCACAGCAAACUCAGCAUCGAGAUGAAAUUACAUCAGCUAUGUAUAAUACUAUGGCCAUGGGUUAUAGUUACUUGGCAGCCAGCUGUAACCGAAACACUUAACAAAAAGUACUCAGAAAUCGAAGCAGCCAAAUAUCUAGACAACGCUAACCAUGUCUUGGCUCAGUGGACGAACCGAGUAAUACAUUCAGACUGGAACUGGAAUACAAACCUGACUGACGAAAAUGCUGAAAAAAAGUUCGCUGUUAACAUGGAGUAUGGAAAACUGUUAAAAACUAUGUGGAAAGAAACCAUAAAAUAUCCUUGGACUACGUACAAAAAUCCAGAUAUUAAAAGACAGUUCAAACUAUUAUCAGUUUUAGGGACGGCUGCUUUACCUGAAGACAAGUUCAAAAAAUUCGAUGAAACUGUUUCGGCCAUGGAAGGUUUAUACGGUAAAGCAACAAUACCUGAAUAUGGUAAAAAGAAUUCAAAUCGAACCCUAAGUUUAGAGCCAGAUAUUAAUGAAAUAUUCGAUAAAAGUUUUGACGUAAAUGAACUUAAAUAUGUUUGGAUACAAUGGCGAGAGGCCACAGGAAAAAAAAUUCGACCUAUGUAUGCAGACUAUGUGAAACUGUCCAACGAAGCAGCAAAAUUAAACAAUUAUUCAGACAAUGCAGAAUUUUGGAUCAGAGGAUACGAUGACGACAACUUUCGACCGCAAAUGGAACGUUUGUGGGAGCAAAUAAAACCUUUAUAUAUACAAAUACACGCGUAUGUACGCAGAAAAAUGUGGGAACAAUAUGGGAACUCAGUGCUUACUAGAAGAGGACCUAUACCAGCGCAUUUACUCGGUGACAUGUGGGCUCAGUCAUGGGGACGGCUAGAUCAGUUUACUCGGCCUUAUCCAAGUACUGACGAAUUAAACCCUACUUCCGCAAUGAUAAAUCAGAACUACACUCCAAAAAAAAUGUUCAAAGUAGCCGAAGAAUUUUUCACGUCAUUAAAUUUGAGUGCAAUGCCACAAUCUUUUUGGGAGAAAUCCGUAUUAGAAAAGCCUCCUGGAAGAGAAUUGGUGUGUCACGCGUCGGCUUGGGAUUUUUAUGACUCCAAUGAUUUUAGAAUCAAACAGUGUACAUCAGUAAAUUUUAUGGAUUUUAUUACUGCCCACCACGAAAUGGGACACAUUCAAUAUUAUCUACAAUAUAAAGACCAACCAUUCAUAUACCGCGAAGGAGCUAAUGAAGGAUUUCAUGAAGCAAUUGGAGAUACGAUAUCUCUAUCUGUGUCCACACCGAAGCACUUACACAAAAUUGGUUUACUGCCUAAAACAAGUCGUACAUACGAAUCUGAUAUAAAUUAUUUAUACAAAAUCGGAUUGGAUAAAAUAGCAUUUUUACCGUUUGGGUAUUUAAUGGAUCUAUGGAGGUGGAAUGUGUUUAAAGGGAUAACAACGGAAGACCAGUACAACUGUGACUGGUGGAAACUUAGAUAUACAUACCAAGGAAUUGAACCACCAGUAACUAGGACUGAAGACGAUUUUGAUCCAGGAGCGAAAUAUCACAUAGUUGGAAACGUUCCUUACAUUAGAUACUUUGUAAGUUAUAUCAUACAAUUUCAAUUUCAUCAAGCAUUGUGCGAAAAAGCUGGCCAGUUUGACCCAAAUAAUCCAAAAAGUAAACCAUUGCACGAAUGUGAUAUCUAUCAAAGCACAAAUGCCGGAAACGCUUUCAAAAAAAUGUUGAAACUAGGAUCAUCAAAACCAUGGUUUGAUGCUAUGGAAUUAUUAACUGGCCAAAGAGAAAUGGAUGCUGGACCAUUGUUAAACUAUUUCAAUCCUUUAUAUGAAUGGCUUCAAAAUGAAAAUAAAAGGACUGGAGAAUAUCUUGGUUGGGAGACAUCUAAAAAAAUUUGUGUGAAGUCAGACCCAAGGAUUCAAUCCUGAAUUUAAUACGUCAAAUUGGCUUACCUAACCUAUCUUUUAGUGAUCAGCAGUAUUAUAAAUUAUAAUUAUUAAUCAUAUAUUUAUUACUAUUUAAUUUAUAUGAAUCCUAUGUAAUUCAUUAUUUGGUUAUAUAAUCCUAUAUUUAGAAUUAUUAACCACCCAUGUCUUGUAUGGAAAACUAUUACAUUUUAAUUAAAUAUUCCAAGUAUCAUACUUAUUAUAUAAUAUAAUA